CUCCCCGCCGGCUACAGGAAUACCAUAGGCAUUCUGCCAUUGCAUAGCUGAACAGCCAUCGAGGAGACUCAACAGCGGCCGUCAUGCCUCCUACCCUCGAAACACCGCUCAGCAAGCUGCUGGGUAUCCAGUACCCCAUCAUCCUAGCCGGCAUGGCCAGGACCUCUGGUGGGCCUCUCGCAGCGGCCGUCUCCAACGCCGGCGGUCUCGGUGUCAUUGGCGGCCUCGGUUACACUCCCGAGCAACUCCAGUCCAUUAUCGAUGAGCUCAAGGCACACCUCACGGACAAAAACCUCCCCUUCGGUGUCGACCUCGCACUCCCCCAGGUCGGGGGCUCGGCCCGCAAGACCAACCAUGACUACACCCACGGCCAGCUCGACGAGCUCAUCGAAGUCACGAUUAGGAAUGGCGCGAAGCUGUUCGUCAGUGCUGUUGGUGUGCCGCCUGCAAGAACUAUCAAGAGGCUACAUGAGGCGGGUAUUUUGAUCAUGAACAUGGUCGGGGCGCCUAAGCAUGCUAUCAAGGCUCUGGAGGCUGGUGUGGACAUUGUCUGCGCUCAGGGCGGGGAGGGUGGUGGUCACACUGGCGACAUCGCCAACAGCAUCCUUAUUCCCGCUGUCGUGGACGUUGCACGGAAGUACAAGAGCCCGCUUACCGGCCAGCCGGCCAUGGUUGUCGCCGCAGGAGGUAUCUACAAUGGGAGAAGUCUUGCCAGCAGCUUGAUGCAGGGCGCACAGGGUGUGUGGGUUGGUACGCGGUUCGUCGCCAGCGUGGAGGCGGGAUGCUCGCAGCAGCACAAGGAGAAUGUUGUCUCUGCAACCUUUACCGAUACUGGACGGACCCUCGUUAUCAGCGGCCGUCCUCUGCGGGUCAAGUUCAAUGACUACAUUCGGGACUGGGAGUCGCGGCCGGACGAGAUCAAGAAGCUGACCGAGGCUGGAAUUGUGCCAUUGGCGAAGGACAUGGAUGAUGGCAAGGACGUGGAUAUUCCGUUCCUCAUGGGCCAGGUGUCGGGAGUGAUUCAGGAUAUCAAGCCGGCGAAGCAGAUUGUCGACGAGAUGGUGCAGGAGGCGGUUGACAUGCUGAAGCUUGGUCAGACUUAUAUCUCGUCGAGCGCGAAGUUGUAGUUUAUUAAUAACGGUUUUUGUACUCCGUAUGUUUGAGGUGGGAAGGUGU